UUCAAUUUCGGAAAAAUUAAGUGUAAACUGAAAAUUCAAAUUUAAAUAGUAGCGCAACAAUAAGCAAUCUUAAGUUAAGAACAAUUUUAGUUCCCGUUUAGUUAAAAAAAUUAGUUGAAAUUAAUAGUUUUUAAAUCGUUGUUUGAGUAGUUUUAACGAGUUACAAUCCGCUCAAUGAAAGAUUUGUGAAUCUUUGAGAACUUAACCAGAAAAUAAUAUAUUCGGUACAAACGUGUGUUUCGAAAGUUUGUUAACGAUUUAGAUAAGGAAUGGAGCUUGUGUAUACUCAUUAACUUUAUCGUUUUGCCAGAAUAAACCAGAAAAGUUAAUGAAAUUGUUCUUUGGACGAGUCCAUAACUCUCUUUUUCCUACCAAUUUGUCCAUUCGUGAAUCGACACAAUCAAAUACAGCUCAGUGCAUCCUACAGAAGGUUUCAUCAAGAGAGAAUUGCAUUGAUAACGAAACUUAUUGAUGGAUAUGCUCUUGAGAGUGAUGGAUAAUAGAAAAAAAAUCAAAUAUGGUAAAAAAUGUAUAAGAAGUAAGAAAAAAGUAACGAAUCGUGCUAACAUGCUGAACAAUCCCAUCCUGCCGAAGCUAGGGCCCUUGAAGUACCUGUCUGACGAAAGCAGCCACUUCUACAAUGGACUGUGCAUUGACUGCGACAUAAGUGGGAAAAAAUGUUUAGAAUGCUUACGAAAUGGAAAUGAAGGAUUGCAUAAAAUGGAGAAGAAAGAAGAAGUACAGGCAGGUAAAGGACAUUCCUCCAAUCAUCUGCCAAUAAAAGCGAAAAAAGUCAACCUAAAUUCAUCGUGGAAGGACAUUGUGUACCGACAUAGUCCCUUUUUGGGCAGGAAAAUUGCAAUGUCUAACCUCUACAGACCUACUAAGUUAACUGCUUCACUACACUCGAAACCAAAGCUGAAGGAUCAACCUAAUGGAUCUUCACGCCUGCAUGUUAAGUGGCCAAACUACAUUUGUACAGCACACUGCAGGUAUGAUAUCGUUCGGCAGAUUGCCUCCAAGUUUGGAAUGAGGGAAUCGCAAGAAAAUUGGAACGUUCUAUGGAGUGAUUACAUUGUAACUUGUGAAAGAAUUAAAAACUUACGGAGGUAUCAGAAAAUCAAUCACUUUCCUGGAAUGGCAGAAAUUUGCCGCAAAGAUUUGCUGGCAAGGAAUCUGAAUCGUAUGAGCAAGCUCUUUCCAAAAGACUACGACUUCUCCCCAAGAACAUGGCUACUACCAAUAGAGAAGUUGAGUACACUGAAUGAUUAUUUAAGAAGACAGUUUCAUGAUGUUAACAAGCUAUGGGAUGAUAUUGAUGAUGUCAUUAUUAAAACUGUGCUCUUAGCGCUACCGACAUUACAGCACAACUACAAAGCUGCAUUUCCAAGUCACCGUAACAGGCAAGCUUGUUUCGAAGUUCUUGGAUUCGACUUGAUCCUAGAUAACACGUUAAAACCUUAUCUACUAGAGGUGAAUCAUUCCCCAAGUUUUCAUACAGACGCACCCAUUGAUCGUGAAGUGAAAGAGGCUCUGAUUAUAGACACUUUUAAAAUUCUAAAUUUACCAAAAAAUAUAAAACACAGUGUCAUGAUAGAGGAUAAACGAAAUGUAACAAACAGGCUUUUGAAAGAUUUACAAAGCACCCCAAGCUCCCCCUUGAGUAAUCACAGAAAUGAUUCCAUAACUGAUGUAUCUAGUGUAAAACCGGUUUCAUCUGAAGAACAGUUAAAGAAAUUGGAACUAUAUGAAAAAGAGCAUAAAGGAAAUUUCAGGAAAAUUUACCCAAAUCAGAAGAUGCAUAUGUAUUCAGUGUUCUUCUGUCAAGGCACCAGCUCACUUUUUAAUGAAACGUUUGCAUCCCGCGCAAGAGAAAGAGUUUCUAAGCUUAUGAAAGAAGGAAUUCAGGAAAGUGAUAUCGACAAGUUGAAACCUUUCGAAGCUAUCACUCAUUUGACUAAAAGACCAUUACCAGUAAGCUACAAGAUUUAAGAUGCAUCUCCAACUUCUCCAGAUUUAUGUGAAAGAGUUACAUCUCAUAAUAAGAUUCGGGAAGUGUUGAGCUUGCAUUCAAAUUUACCUUCAUUACUUCAUGAGAAAAAAAAAAUGGAAGAUGCAUCGAAUUGGUACAAUCUCAACUCUGAACAAAACACAAUUUUCUUAAAGAAGAUAAAUGAAUAUGCAAAGCAUUCUAAGAUGAAGCAAGAAAUGAAUAAAACGCAAUUAAAAUUCAAACAACCAAACAAUGGAAAAAUGACAAUGCCGUUAAGUAAAAAUAUUAGCAAAUAUAGUACUGAUUUGGACUGUGCUUGUGAUGAAUGCGAGAGGGACAGCAUCAGUUCCUCAUUUCAUUGGGAUAUUCAUUUUGGAAUAAAUAAAAAUCAGUACAAAAUUGAUUCAUUCCCACAUUACAAGAGCUGAGUCAGUAAUUCUGGGAGAUCCAAAGAGACACAAUGAAAAUAAAAUAAAAAAGAGCUGCCAGCCAGAUAACUUUAAAUCAUGGCAGGUUAGAAAAUGGAGGUUCCACAUUUGUAGCUUACAUAGAACCACCUCCGAAACCUAGGCAUCAACACAUCAACUAUCGAACAUUUUAUUAAAGUUAUUGUAAUAAAUUGUUAUAUUAAAAAAAAAAAAAAAAAAAAUCAAUUAUCACAAAUAUUAUGUAUAUGAUUCUUAAGGAGAUAUCAAUAAAAAAAAUGAAACUAUUUUUGUAUCUUUAACUAAAUUUAAUUUAUGACCGAGAUUUGAACGAACAGUAAUGAAAAAAACAAUAUUUAUUGGGACAACUUUCACUUAAAGGGGACCAACACUAUAUAUCAAUUUUUUCAUUAAUAUAAAUCGAAUUUUAAAACUUGUAUAAUUUCAAUUAUAC